CACACAUGCGAUAUAAUAAAUCGUUAAAUGUCCAAAAAGAAAAGAAAUUUUUUUUUUGUUUAUUGAUAAUCAGAAAAAAAUAUCUUAAACUUUGAUUUCGUUACCAAUUAAGUGCGUUUUAGAGUGUCAACACAAUAAAAUCGAAUCGAUUAUAUAUUCAUUUUAAUUGAAUAUAACUCAGGCAGUGAUAUUGAGAACCAUGUGCACAAUUAAGGAUUCAUCAUCGAUUGAUGAAAAUGAUUUCACUUCAUUGGACACCAGCAGUUCAUGGGAUGAUCCAAUGGAAGUGACUAAACUAAUAUAUGAUCGUUAUAUACAACGAAAACAACUGAAUUCGUUGCAAUCCAAAACAAUGACAAUGGCGACGACAGAAACAACAACAACAACAACGGAUGAUUUUCAAAAAGAAAUUGUUGAAGAAUUACGAAAAUUAAAUCUGGCUUUAAAACAAAUUCAAAUGGCUGUCGAUGAUAUUCCGGCUAAAAUUGAACGAACAAUCAAAUCGUUUCAUGAUGAACAACAGCAACAACAGAAAAAUUCGAAUAUGAAUGAUGAUGAUGAUGAUAUGAUCAUGAAACGACGGUAAUUUCCGAUGAUAUUGAGAUAUUGGAUUACAUACGUAAUACCGAUAUGAUGGUGGCUACACAAUUGUUGAACAAUAAUGAUGAUGAUAAUAAUACCAACUGUGAUCAACCAAUUUAUUUGUCCUCAUCAUCAUCAACUUUAGAAAAUUAUUAUGAAAAUGAUUUCUAUCGUCAUUGGAGCCGACAUUUUCAUCGUCAAACUAAAUCAUCGUCGUUGUCGGCAUCAUCAUCAUUGUCAAAUGGAAUGUUCAAAUUAUCAUUGAAUGAUUAUAAUAAUGGUCGUACAUGGCUUUAUCAUUUGGAUCAUCCAUGUCCAAAAGCAAAUCAAUCGAUUAUGCCUUAUAGCCGUGAAUUGGAUCUAGAUUUCUGGCUAAUCAAUUGACCAAUUGAAAAAUUUUGGCUGAAUUUUUUUGUUAUUCAACAACAACAAAAAAAACGUCGUCUUCUAGGAAAUUUUUUUUGAAUCAAACCAAUUUAUUUUUGCUCCAAUUGAAACGCAGUAAUAAUGACCUUUUUCAAUUUUUAGGAAUUAUUUUAUCUGAUGAACAUACA